AACCCAUCAGCAGCCAUGAAACUCCUCUUAUUGACUCUCUUGUGUUUCUGUGGCUUCACGCUCUUCACUGUGGAAGGUGUGGGAAGCGAAGUCAUGAGAAGGAGUUUUUGUGUGAGCCUGACAAGCAAGCCUCUACCUGUCAACUCAGUCAAGAGCUACAUCAUUGAAGAGGGCCCGAUGAGAGCAGUGAUUUUUGUCACCCGCAGAGGACUUAAAAUCUGUGCUGAUCCUGAUGUCAACUGGGCCCGAGGAAUCAUCAAAACUGUGAACAGCAGAAGCAAAAGGAGAAAUAUGAUCCAGACUAAGCCAACAGGAACACAACCACAAACUGACAGGACCAUGACCACAUCUGGGAAGCCAUCAUCCAACUAGGAGUGUGGUGGAAUGGAAAGAAUGCUGUACUUGAAGUCAAGAAGAUCUGGGUUCAAAUCC